AUGCCCAAGAUAAAUAAUGCACCAAAUAUAAACAACAAACCCGAUAAAAACACCAACACUCUACAGCCUGCUCGCCUAGCAGAAUCACAGAACUCAGGAAGAUUAAAUCUAGGCAGUAACACCCAUCCAAACACCAUGAACAGCUCCGGAAAUGACAAUUGGAAAACGCAAACAAGUAAAAGAAAUCUGUCAAGUUCUUCAUCCGGUUCUACUUCUUCCAAACCUUCUUCCUUACAAACUGCUCAACCAAAAACCAAAAAACUUUCCUUCUCAACACGUAAUCGCUACGAAUCACUUUCGAUACCUGAACCUACGGACACGGUUUUCGACCAGCCCACGCUGCCCGUUGAACCUAUCAUUGCGCCCUUCGUCAAACCACCUCCCCCGAUAUUUAUGAAAGGUAUCACAGACUACCCAAGCUUCUGCUCAACCUUAAUUGAGCUUAUUGGAUUUGACAAUUUUUUUUGCAAAGCCAGCGCCGACCGCUUAAAAAUACAGACCGCCAAUCCAGAUUCUUACAGACUUCUAAUUCACUAUUUAAAAGAACACAACGCUAAUUACCACACAUACCAACUUACCGAGGACAAGCCUACAAGAAUAGUUAUUCGCAAUCUCCACCCUACUACGCCAACUGAAAGAAUAAAAUCCGAACUCGAAACGCGACUCUUCGAAGUCUAG